AUGGCAGACGAAAAAGUCGAGGUCGGCAUCAAGGCCACCGAGUCCUCAUCCAUCACCUCCGACCUCGAAGCAGCCGACAAGCCCACGCCCAUGACCCCCCUCGAGCUCAUCCGCGAACCCUUCGUCGGCACGACACCCUCCUACUGGGCAACCAUGGCCUUCUUCAGCCUCCUCUGUAUCCCAGCCCUCACCUGCGCCCUCGUCCUCGACCACUCCAUCUGGACGAUGCCGCUGCUGCUGUACCUAGACAUGUGGAUGACCAUAGCGUUCACCGAGAUGUUGAGGUUUUUCUUCGUCAACAAGAACGCUACGAGGAUGGCUCUCAUGGGAGUCAUGAGUAUCGUGCUUAUUUUGGUCUCGCUGGGUGUUACGAGCGCUGUUGUUGCGAAUGAGAAGUAG